AUGUGGGGAGUGGUGGGUCAACUAAUAGGGAAGAGAGAUAUAUCGGACCAUUUUCCGGUUUGGUUGGUGGUGGAUUCGGAGAAUUGGGGCCCGGAGCCUUUUAAAUUCAACAACAAGUGGUUCCAAAAUAAGGAUUUCUCUAAUUUUGUGAAGAAGGAAUGGAAUGCAUUUGAGGUUUACGGAAGGGGUUACUUUGUGCUUAAGGAGAAAUUGGGGCUUUUGAAGGAUAAGCUUAGGUGGUGGAAUCUUAACAUAUUUGGUAAGAUUUACUUGGAGAUGGAAGAAGAGGUCAAUGAAUUAAACGAGCUUGAUGACAUGGAUAUGGUGGAUGAGUUGGUUUUGGAGGAUAAAAGGAAGGCUAGUAGAAAGUUUUUGUUUAAUCUUAAAAUCAAGGAGAAUAUGAUUAUCCAAAAGGCGAGGAUGAAGUGGCUUAAUGAUGGGGAUGUCAAUAGCAAGUUCUUCCACGGGGUGAUGAAGAAGAGAAUUAAUCGCAAUCAUAUUGGACCCGUUUCUUCUCCUAGGGGAUUAUUGAAUAUGGUUCAUGAGGUGAAAGAGGAGGUUUACGAGCACUUCACGGGAAAAUUCAAGGAGGGGGAUUUUAAUAGGCCUACUGUGGAGGGUGACAUGUUCAAGAGUUGGACGAUGAGGAUAGGAGGAUUCUUGAACUUCCAUUUCAAGAAGAAGAAAUCAAAGAAGCGGUUUGGGAUUGCGAAGGUACAAAGAGCUCGGGCCCGGAUGGAUACUCUCUCUCUCUUGUUUUUGAAGAAGUGUUGGCCUAUUAUCAAGAAGGACAUGGUUUCUUGUUGUAGUGACUUCCACACCGGUUCGGUUCUUUCCAAGGCUAUCACCUCGUCGUUCUUGACUUUAAUCCCAAAAUCUAAUGAUCCUUUGGGGCUCGAUGAUUAUAGACCAAUUUUUUUGAUCGGUUGUAUCUACAAGAUCAUUUCCAAAUUGAUGGCGGGGAUAUUGAAGAAAGAUGUUGGUAAAGUCAUAUCCACUAGUCAAAGUGCUUUUGUUCCCGGGAGACAACUUUUAAGCCUUAUUUUUUGUAGAAGUAUGUCGGUUUUAGUCAAUGGAAGCCCUACUAAAGAGUUUACAGUGGAAAAAGGUUUGAGACAAGGAGACCUGUUAUCUCCUUUUCUCUUCGUGAUAGUGGCGGAAGGUUUGAAAGGAUUAAUUAAUAAAGCGGUGGAAAAUGGGAGCUACGCGGGUUUCUCUUUUAAUAGGAGAUGUUUUAUUGAUGUUUUGCAAUUUGCGGAUGACACCCUUUUGGUAGGAGAUGGGAGUUGGAGUCACCUUAGGGCGAUUAAAACGGUGCUUAGGGGUUUUGAGCUUAUUUCGGGACUAGGUAUCAACCUCCACAAGAGUAAACUCAUUGGCAUCAACGUUGAUCCGCGUUUUAUGGAAGUGGCCACCAAUUUUCUUGGAUGUAGGAGGGAAGAAAAAGAUUUCAAAUUUCUUGGUAUUAGGAUCGGGAGCAAUCCUAGAAGGAUAGCAUCGUGGGAACCGUUGGUGUGUAAUAUCAAGAAGAGGUUGGCUAGUUGGAAAGGAAGGUUGUUAAGUUUUGGAGGGAGACUCACUCUUUUGAAAUCGGUUCUUAGUAGCCUUGCUAUUUUCACUCUCUCCUUUUACAAGGUUCCUAAGAAGGUUGUGGAGGAGAUAACAAAGAUUCAAAGUAACUUUUCAUGGGGAGGUACAAGGGAGAAACGGUGUAUUCAUUGGGCGAAAUGGGAUUUCGUGAGUCUUCCGUUGGAUAGAGGAGGAUUGGGCAUUAGGAAGACCGAUGACUUUAAUUUUGCUCUCCUUUACAAAUGGAAUUGGAGGAUUUUAAACGAUCCGAAUUCUUUGCGGUGUCGUGUUCUAAGAGCUAGGUACGGGGACUUGAGGAUUCCGAUCGUUAUUGGAGGUGAUAAGUGUAAGGGGAAAAGUUCGGUAUCAAGUUGGUGGGCGGAUUUAUUAACAUUGGAUUCUCAAGAUGCUUUGGUAGCUUCGAUGGGCGGUUGGCAUAAUAGAAACUGGCUUUGGGGUGACUUCGGUGUGCCUCUCGGUGUUGAUUCGGAGCCUGUUGUUUUUGCGGACAGGAAGUUAUCACUGCAGCUGCUCCAUGCUGAGUUCCCCGUGCUCGACAGCCUCGACAGUGCGGUUUGGAAGCCUGAUUCGGGGGGCAGUUUCUCCGUUUCUGGCGCUUAUUCAAUUCUUCGCAAUAGUCGCAUUCCAUUGGGCCCAAGUGAACAACACGGUGUUGUCUUCUCUAAAAUAUGGAGGUUGGAUGCCCCGCUUAAGGUGAAGGCGUUUGGUUGGAAGUGUUUCAUCAACAAACUCCCGUCGAAAAUGCAAUUGGCGUAUAGAGGUAUUCUUAAUCUUUCGAAUAGUUCUUGUGUUUUCUAUUUGGCUCAUGAGAAAUCAGCUUUGCACUUGUUGCUUUUAUGCUCCAACAUUGAUUUGGUAUGGAGAGAUAUCGCGGAUUGGAUUGGUUUUUCGGAUUAUAGGGAGAGGAGCUUCAAGGGUAGUUUUUAG